UCGAUAGAUAGAGAAUAACCGGACAAGAGGCCGUGGUUAACCCUAUGAUUAAGCCAUCUUAUCGCCUUCCCUCUCCUUUGUCAAACCAUUGAGUGAUUUUUUUUGUAUUGAUGGUUUCAACCGUUUCCAACAACUGAAUAUUUCCAAUCCACUGAUCGUGUGACCUGCUGGUGUUGGUGGGUGCAUCGUUGCUGCAGCAUAUCAUCAAAAAUUCGCAAAGGUACCGAGCCGUAACUUAAUAAGAAACAGACUAAUGCGCAAAUCGAUUGUUAAAUCAGCAGCUAUUCGUUAUCAUGAUUACAGCCACUGUCCAGAGAAUAAACAUACCAAGCCCGGAACCAAUUGAAAUAAAGUGUAUACUGUGACACAAACAUCGAAAGAUUUGUUUAACCAUAUGAAUCAAGAUGGUUUUACAUGAUUACGAAGAUUCCAGCCAUUUGCGGCAUCAUCGGAAGCACAGGGAACCAUUAAAGUCAACACAAGAAGAAGAUUUUCUUGAAAGAAGAAGAGAGGAAAGGGAGAGAAUCGGAGAGUUAGGUACUGCGAACGUUUGGGCUGAAUCACCAAAAUCUCAGGAAAUAUUCUCUUUUUCCGAUACAAGCAGUCAUAAUAAACGGAAAAGUAGUGAAGAUAUUAAAACUGAAAAGAGUAAAAAAAGAAAGAAAAAAAAGAAAAAACGAGAUUCCAGUUCAGAUUCUGAACCUAAACGUAGCAAGCAUAAAUCAAAAAAGAGGAAGCACAAGAGCAAACAUAAACAUAAGAAGAAAAAAUCAAAGAUAGAAUCUAGUGAUUCAUCUGAUGUUAACGAAGAGGAAAAUUGGGAAGAAAAGGAUCCAGAAUCAUCCGGAUCUACAGACAAGUCCGAGAUGACAGUGCCAGAUGUUGGUAUAGAUGCCCCAUCAACGUCUGUUGCUGUAGUUAAGGAGGAAGUGGUCAUUGGCCCACUGCCAAACACACAAGAGGGUGAUGGUUUCAGCAAGCCUCUUGACUAUGGGCAUGCUUUGUUACCAGGAGAAGGUGCUGCUAUGGCAGCUUUUGUUGCAGAAGGAAAAAGAAUUCCAAGGAGAGGUGAAAUUGGACUCACUAGUAAUGAAAUAACAUCGUUUGAAGAUGUUGGUUAUGUCAUGAGUGGGAGUCGACAUAGAAGAAUGGAGGCCGUCAGACUGCGAAAAGAAAACCAGAUAUACAGUGCCGAUGAAAAGCGAGCUCUAGCAUCAUUUAAUAAACAGGAAAGGGACAAGAGGGAAUCUAGAAUAUUAAGUUCAUUUAGGGAACUCGUUAAGGACAAAAUGAAGCAAUGAAUCAUAAAGACUCAAAAUAGUGGAUUUUCUAUCAUGGUUCGAGGUCCAUACUACAUAAGAUCAAGUUUGUGGAUGUGGGUGGGCAUUACUUUUGACUAUAAUCCUAUCAUCUAUUGGUCUGACAUUGUUAAGC